AUGCGAGGGUUCUGUAAAUCCACAAGCAGGGUCAAGGAAACUCAGCAUAGCCAGUACUUCCCAGAAACCAAUGUGCUUCGGAAGCAAUGCGGAAACAGUUUACUCAUGGCAGAAGCCAAGUGUAAUCUAAUGAGCGAUCACACCAACCCUGGUAAUGGUACACAUGAGUUGAAGAUUUACAGGACAUUCGAAUUAGCUGAAACCAUUGAAUUAACUUCUACACAUUUACGAAGGUCACCGUUUAAGCUAUUCGCAGCAGGAACACAGCAUUUCCGGCGGCAGUGCUGCUCGCGGCGCUGUGGGCGGUGCACGCAGCAGAAACUCGCCACGGCUUCAUCGGGGGAUCGGUGGGCGGCGCGGGCGGCCACGGCGUCGUGGGCGGGGUCGCUGUGGGGGUGGUUGGCGUGGGCGGCAGCUUCGGCGGGGACUGCGAGUUCUGGUGCGAGGCCCGCGCUGGGAAAUACGAAUGCUGUGAUUCUGAAAAGCAUGGAACGUGCCCGCCCGUCCGCCCGCAGUGCCCGCCCGUGAGGUCAGGGUACGCCCCCCUGAGAUGCAGCCGAGAUUCCAACUGCCCCGGCUACGAGAAGUGCUGCUACGACGCCUGCCUUGAGCACCGCACCUGCAAGGCGCCCAUCUAGCACUGCGAUGCUGGAGAAGUGAACUGAAGAACAAAGAAGUUUCCUGCCCUAAAUUCAUAUCUUUAAUUGCGAAAUGCCAGGAAUAUUAAACUGCACAAUAUAGUUUUUUUUUAAUGAUUUCGUUUAAUUUCAUCGACAUGGUAGAGUAUUCUGCCAUUCGCCUCAGUAAGUUAUGGCGCUAUCUGGACUUUAAUGAUAAUGAUAUGGAGUUUAAUAAUAAUGAUUUAUGAUGCAAAGUGGAUUUUAAGAUAUUGCGAACUUCCUCGAUUAAGAGCAAUCAUCCUGAGAGUGAGUAUGAAGGAUACCAGAAUAAAUAAUCAAAAUCA